CUUUCUCUUUUUUCAUUGCUUGGUACCCACGUCUGCUGGUGAAUUCGCAUCCAUUGGAGCUGACCAAAAGGACAGAUAGCGUUGCUUUGCCUGGGAUGGACAGCUGUUCCUCUCCCGAAGCAUUCUAACGUGUAACAGAAAUCAAGCCAUUUUUUCCUGGGACAGAAUAUCAUACCUGCAUUACUUCAUUUAUGUCUGGAAGAUUAAAGCACUCAUCCCAUUCCUGUACAUAUCUAUAAAGUUGCCUACAACUUUAAAGGAUUUUAUGAGGAGCCUUGUUGCAUGGGAUCUGUAUUACCGCUGUAAAUCUCCUUGAAUUUUUAUCUUACAAACGAUAGAGUGUGCAAAUAUGACCCACUUACAAACUGGACUCAGUCCAGAGACUGUAGAUAAAGCUCGUUUGGAAUUAAAUGAGAACCCAGACACAUUACAUCAGGAUAUUCAACAAGUCAGGGACAUGAUUAUAACUAGACCAGAUAUUGGGUUCUUACGGACGGAUGAUGCCUUCAUCUUAAGAUUUCUACGAGCCAGGAAAUUUAAUCAGAUGGAGGCUUUCAGACUUCUUGCUCAAUACUUCCAGUACCGUCAACUUAACCUGGACAUGUUCAAAAAUUUCAAAGCGGAUGAUCCAGGUAUUAAACGGGCGCUUAUGGAUGGAUUUCCGGGUGUGCUUGAAAACCGGGACCAUUAUGGUCGAAAGAUUCUCCUGCUUUUUGCAGCCAACUGGGAUCAGAGUAGGAAUACAUUUGUGGACAUCCUGAGGGCUAUUCUACUGUCACUGGAAGUUCUCAUUGAAGACCAAGAACUUCAAAUUAAUGGAUUUAUAUUGAUUAUAGAUUGGAGCAAUUUUUCCUUCAAGCAAGCUUCCAAACUUACUCCUUCUAUCCUCAGACUAGCUAUUGAAGGGUUACAGGACAGCUUCCCAGCUCGAUUUGGAGGAAUCCACUUUGUCAAUCAACCCUGGUACAUUUAUGCUCUGUACACUAUAAUUAAACCAUUUCUUAAAGACAAGACGAGGAAACGGAUUUUUCUCCAUGGUAAUAAUUUGAAUAGUUUACAUCAAUUGAUUCACCCAGAAUGUCUACCAUCUGAAUUUGGGGGCACCCUUCCACCAUAUGACAUGGGAACCUGGGCACGAUCAUUGCUUGGUCCUGAUUAUAAUGAUGAAAAUGAGUAUACACACACGUCCUAUAAUGCGAUACAUGUGAAGCAUGUUCCCAGUAAUUUAGAAAGAGAAAGUUCACCAAAAUACAUGAAAAGAUCUCAAUCAGUGGUGGAGCCUGGUACACUGAUGCGUGAGGACCACAGAGACAAUGAAAACACCCAACCACUGCUUGCCCUGGACUGAUUCAACCUGCGUCACCACAACCACCGUUUUCACCAAUGGGUCUUUAUUUUUUCACUUUGCAAAAUAUUCACCAGCUAUUUGCACAAGUUGUUGCUGUGCAGAGACCUAUUUUAUUUAAUUGCCAUAGUGCCAACAUCAAUGCCAGGAGCAACUUUAUCUACAGAAGAGUCUUUUACUGCCAAAAAGGACACAGAUAAAGUACAUUAUAGCCUUUUGCGUUACAAGGUAUAUGCUCAGCUAAUGAAUUGUAGGCAAUGUCUGUCUAAGACAGAGUUAAUAGUCAGUAUUUUUAUAUUAUCAAAGAAAUAUGUUUGUAUGAAGACCCGUGAUAUUUUGUCUUGUACUGACUAUAAAUCACCAGCAGAAAAUUGUCAACAAUUAUUUUGUCCAAACAUGUUUGUUGUAACGAUAAAAUAUUUCGUGACUCACGGAGUGUCUUCAGGGAACUUGUUAACACAGAACAAAGAUACCAGGGUAGCCAGAUCUGAUGCAAUUACUGAUGUCCAACCUCUUAGCCAGUCCAUGAAAGUGGCAGUUCAGCAUUGGAAUGCCAUAUAUUGUCCCUAGAAUUAGCUGUAAGUUUCAAAUCAGAUGGUACACGGCACCCUGAGAAUAAUCUAGUACAAUAAAAACAUUUCAUCCUGUGCAGUAGUAAAAUGUAUGUGUUAAAAUAUAUAUAUUUUCCUUAUGUUUUUAAUUUAAUUUACAGAGUAUCAAAGGCCCAAGUAAUGAUAAAAGGAAAUCAUGGACAGAAAUGCAAAAAUAAUAUAAUUUUAUUUAGCCAGUGUGCUUUGUUCAUACUCAGCGAGUAAAAGUGUUAAAUAUUACAUAAAUUGGGAGACUACUUGUUUAGCUAUCUUCACUGAACACUUAUGCCACAUGCUCCACAUAGGCAAUCAUAAUCACAUGGAAUUUUGCUGUAUCAGUGAUAUCCUAUUGUAUUAGCUUCAUAAUUGAACCCAUGGACUAACAUUGACAUUUCAAACGAUUAAUAAAUCAAGCCUUGUUUCUGAAUAACUACUAUUUGAAAAUUACUGUAAAAACUCACGUUUGUCGGAAAUGACACAUAGAAAAAAUUUCUGAGUUCAUCUCACUGAACAUUUUGACCAUGUACUAUGAUCAAAACCCCUCAAAAACCUAGAUUGAUUAUAUUUAGUCAAAUCUUUAUGUCCUUAUCCAAGCAUAUACGCACAAAGGUAAAUAUUGUUAAGACAGAUCAAUCUGGUAUUAAACUUAAAGGAGGGUCCUACACUUUCCUUAAUAAGUUACACCUCCCAUAGCUGUCCCACUGAACCAUUAUAUAGACAAUGUUUUAUUAAACAAUAUAUAGCCAAUCUUCAGAUUCUCAACGCCAAAAUGCCCAUAGUUAUUUGUUUCAUGCUGGUACAGAAAUGCAACAUUUGUCAUGUAUACCUAAGGUGCCAAAGAUUCUGAUUGUUUUGUUUUUUUCAUUUAUUUGCACAAUGUUCCACAUCAUUGAAAUAAAAAUGUAUGCUAAGAAAUGUUGAGAUUUUGAAUGAUUCUUAAAUGAAUAUUUAACAUAGAACAGCAUCAGAGAAAUGCAUGUGUGCAAAUAUAUUAUUUAAAUGCCCAACAGAUGUGGAGAGAGAGCUCAUUUGUAUCUAGGUCAUCUCUUGGUUCUAAAAUUAUAGUCGCUGGAACCACUAGAGUUUUACCAUUCGUAAAAUCCAUUAAUGUGUUAAGGCCAUUAUCUAUGAAUCUGAAUCUACAAUUUAAUGCACAGUAUUUUCCAAUUUAAAUUAAAAUAUAGAACAUAUCUGAAGAAAAUAAAGGUGAGCUGUGUAAGACAAUCGUCUACACAGUAGUAAAAAUAUUGCGGUCUGUACAGUGAAGCAACUAAAAAAGCAUAUCUGGACUGCUGAAUGUUUUUCAACUGGUUUUACCUAAAUGUUCCAAAGUGGUUGUCAGUUCUUCCUGCAAUUUGCUUUCUAGUGUUAAAUCCAUCAGCUUUUGCAAUAUUGCGUUUUUUCUCCUGUAAUUAAAUAAUGAUAUGUCAUGUGUUGCAUUCAAUCCUGCACUUAUUUUAAAGAUAUGAUGAGCCUCUGAUUAAGGAGACUUUAAGACAUCACUAGACACUAAUUGGUAUGAUGAUGGAUUUAGUCUAAUUCUGAUGGAGAAUUUUAGGCUUGUGUCUACUUAGGAACACAUAAAAAUUUAGCUUUCGACAGUGCAUGCUGACAAAUUACCCUUCAAGUCCAUAUCACUUUUCCAAUAGAACUUGGAAGGUAAUAUAUAUGACUAUUAUGGGACAGU